AUGCAACACGUUCUAUUCACCGCUGCGCUCGCAGUCCUGGCCCGGUUGGCCAUUACGCAGACCAUUGACCCGAACUCAGUGCCUUUGUCAACGAGACAGUCAUGGUGCGACUCACAGAUAGCUCAAUGCCCACUCAUUUGUCUGCAAACGGCUGGCAAUUCUGCGGCCACCUACGCAAACACUUGUGACCCUGUUGCCCUCACCUACUCUUGCAUCUGCUCCAACGGGCUCGCUCCUAACGCCUCGGAAUACUCUCAAACCCUCCCCUACUAUAUCUGCACGGAAUACAACACCCAAUGUCAGCAGGCUUGCGGCAACGACAACAGCUGCGCAGCUGCAUGCGUGCAGAAUCAUCUAUGUGGUGCCCUCAACCCGACAAGAGUGAACACAAGUACAAUCACCACAAUGCCAGCUACCUCAACGGUUGUGGGCUCUGCUGCUUCUACUGCCUCGGACGGGGUUAUCUAUACUGGCUUUGGAGGUGGUUCCGCUGCUACCACAACAGCUGCUUCAGGAGGAAACGGUGGCUCUGGAAGCUCUGCUGCGUCAAGACUUGUUGUCGAUCUUGGGCAGAUCUACGGUCUCGGUGUCGUCGCAGCUGGCAUUUUUGUCGGCUUCAGCUUCAUGCUUUGA